AUCCUCCCUCCAAACCUACUAUGUUAUUAGUCUUUCUGACUUGUCUCACAUGGCAUGACUCACCUGCAAUCAACCAAACUCAGAAACCAAAACAAAACCCACUCUUCUCUUCUCUUUUCUCCCCCUUCCAUGGAACCCUUCAACUUCCUCAAAUACUGGAAAGGCGCUGCCAAUGCCACCCCAAACGACCCUUUCUUCGACUUGGAGUUGGCCUUGACCGACGAAGACGAUUCCCAAGACGACACUAACGGAACUCAAAACGACGACGACGACGACGCCCAAGACCAAGAUCAUAACAACCAAUCAGAACCAGACUCCGACUCCGACUCAGACUCAGAGAAAGAGUUCAACUUCACGCUUUCUCCUUCCGCUUCCUCCGACCACCCUACCAUUUCCCUCUCUCCCUCUCACCAUCUCGUCUUCGACGGAAACAUUCUUCUCAACUCUCAACCCAACUCCAAGCCUCACUUCACUGCCUCCUUCUUCAAAUCCGCCACCAAGCUCCGCGUCUUCAUGUUGGGCCUCAAGAAGCCCAAGCCCAACGCCCACAACAAACAGCCCAACACCCACCCCAAGAAAAAGCUUUUCACCGUCAACUUCAAGGUGGAAGAGGUUCCCAUCGUCUCCUUCUUCACCAGAGAUAACAGCUCCAGAGCCAAACCCUCCAACACUCAAAACGCAGACCAAACGGAACCGUCACACGCACAGAUUGAAGACAAGCGCUCAAUGCCAAAGUAUUUGAAAAUGGUCAAGCCUCUCUACGUCAGGGUUUCUAAAAGGUACGCCGAAAAGCUUAGGUUUUCCGACCAGGUCGAAGGCACUUCGCCGGAGUCUGCGCCCCCGUGCUCUACCGUGCAGGAGAAAUCCCCGACGGAGGCUGAGGGUUCUCAGACGGAGGGAGCCGCCCCCGCCAACGUGAAGGGGCAGAAACAGGGGAAUGUUCCUCUGCCUGCUGGCCUACGCAAGCAUCUAGGCAAAGGUCGUGCGACAACACCGCCGCCGCCGCCGCAGUUUGAGUCUUCGAAACGGCGUGAUGAUUCGCUGUUGCAGCAGCAUGAUUGGAUUCAGGGUGCUAUUUUGCAUUGUAAGAGGUCCUUCAACGCUGCUUCUGAAUGCGAGAGUUCUGAGGUGCCACGAUCUGCGAGCGAUCCAUUGGGCGAUGUAUCUCCUGAGUUAUCUGAAAAAUCUACGACUGAGAAGUGCCUUUGAGACAUAUUAUAAUGAGUAGCAGUUGUUUUGGCUAGACUGGUCCGGUUUUCGUAGUAAUUUAUGCAUGUGUAGUUAUGUAUUUUGUAUAUUGUAAAGGUGUUGUUUCUGAGAGAGUGAAAGAGGAAUGAGAUGUUUUGAUAAAUUGAUGUUUUGAAUGAAGAGUGUAAUAGAAGUAGGUCUGAUGAAAAAUUAGGUUUGGGUGGUGGAAAUAAUGGUUGUGUUGAAGGUACGAUGUUGUCGUCGUCAGAACCUGGGUGGGUGCUUGUGGAUUAAAGAAAGAGAAGGAACAUAAAUGUGGUUGAAUUAAUAAAGAUGAUAAUGUUAAGGGGAGAGGAGGGAAAAUGCCAUCAGAGAAGUGGGAAAGACGCAACUAUUGCUAUUAAAAGGGGUUAUCAAUCCAAUUUAGAAUUGGUUAGUC